UCGUCGCACGAGGCGCUGAGACGAACCCUGACAGGAACAACAUCCGCCGCUCCGCCCGUUCGGAGCCGAAUCCGUUCGUGUGUCACAAAAAGCCGGGCGUCACGCACCUUAUCCGGUUCAUUUACAUACAUGACGCCGCCCAGAGUACGAGCAUGGUAAUCUGCCAUCGGCUGAAACCGACCUACCCGACGAAAGCAGAUGAAGAAAAGUUUGGACGCGGGGCUGCUGCUGUUCUGACCGGGAGGGACUGAUUCGAGUCGACGGAGACCCUCGUCGAGCUCUUUUGCUCCACUUUUCGGUUUACGAUAAUGGACGCUUUAAAAUCCGCUGGGAGGGCGAUCAUACGGAGUCCCAGUAUCGCCAAACAGAGCUGGGGUUCGGGCAGACAUAAAAAGCUUCCAGAGAACUGGACCGACACCAGGGAGACCCUGCUGGAGGGCAUGGUGUUCCAGCUCAAGUAUCUCGGGGUCACCAUGGUGGAGCAGCCCAAAGGCGAGGAGGUGUCUGCCACCGCUGUCAAGAGGAUAGUAACAACAGCCAAAGCCAGCGGGAAAAAACUUCAGAAAGUCACGCUAACCGUGUCGCCGCGUGGGAUCAUCCUUUACGACAGUGCCUCCAACCAACUGAUUGAAAAUAUUUCCAUAUACAGAAUAUCAUACUGCACAGCGGACAAGAUGCAUGACAAAGUGUUUGCUUACAUUGCCCAAAGCCAGCAUAACGAGACCCUGGAGUGUCAUGCUUUCCUCUGCACCAAAAGAAAAAUGGCUCAGGCGGUGACCCUGACGGUGGCUCAGGCUUUCAAAGUGGCGUUUGAGUUCUGGCAGGCCGCUAAGGAAGAGAAAGAGAAGCGAGUUAAGGCAGGCUCCGACGGGGAGGGAGCCAACAACUCUCAGUCGGACAGCUCAGCCAGUCUGGGCAGCCUGAAGGGAGCAGACGUUGCAACAGGGACACUCCUGGAUUUGGCGGACGGCGCCAACGCGGCGCAGACCCACUCAGGAACAAUGCGGACUGAAUCGGAUCCUGUUACGGUGCAUAAUCACACAGCAGAGAACAACAAUACUGUAUGGGAACUGGAGGACGGCCUGGAUGAAGCUUUCUCAAGACUCGCUGAGUCUCGCACUAACCCCCAGGUCCUGGACAUUGGGGUAAACCCUCAGGACUUUAACCCUGAAGAGUGCUUCUCCCCGGGCAAAUGGGACAAAGAAGAGACAGACUUGACCCCACAGAAGGACGCCUUUGGGUUCUGAUGUUCAGCGUCCGUCGGGAAGGAGGGGGAGGUGGGAAAAAAUGAAGAGGGAGUGACGGUCGAACGGCGCCGCAGACACCUGUUAGCUGCUGCCGGCAGUCGGGGACCCCCCUUCUGUGGCUACUCGCCGCUGGACGACCAGAAAAGGCCGAAAUGAGCCGACGGCUCACAGGCCAAAGCAAUACCAACCCUUCUCACCAAACACGUCAUGUUUGUUACAGCCUGCAGGCUAAAUGUUAUGUUUGUCCUUUCACUGUCGGUAACCUUUGUGUAUAACGCUUUACAGGAAGUGUGUGUGUGUAAAUAUGAGCGCUCUGAUGCAAGCCAAGUUAGAAAAGUGAUGAGGCCCAAAGGCGUUCAGCUGCUUUUUACUGAAAAAGUGAGAAAUGUUUGGAUUGAAUGAAAGCCGGGAUGAGAACAGCCCGUGUUCUGUACUGAGUUUAAUGGCAAGUUUCUACACACGUGCUUCAGCCCAUGGUCGGGCAACUAAAGCUUUAAACCUGCAAGUGUGAGAGAGACAGAGGUCAAAGGAAAGCAAAACGACAAUCUUUCUUUCCUAUUGAAAAUCUAUUUUUGCACUCAUCCAUCUCUGAAAGCACACCGUUUCACUGAAGCGUUUCCGCAGUGCCUUUAUUCAGCCUGGAAGAAACCCUUUUCUGACCAUCAGUCACUGGAUUCAAACUCCUGUUUGUUGAUUUUAUUGUUUUAGGAGUAAAGCCCCACAUGCUUAACCAGAGUGGAGGUAGAUUAUAAACCAAGCUGAGGACGAUGACUGAUGGGAAACUGUCGGUGGGUUAAGCGGUUUGGCUUUGCUCUGACCUGCUUGAGUGUCUGAAACGCCCGUAUGACACGUGAAACACAAGAGUUCACAUGGAUGAGGCUGUUUUUAUCUGAGCUGUACCACCAUUUAUGGUACUUUUACGUUACCAUUGGUUUUUAAACCCAGUGACUGUUCUCUGUGUAAUUUGGCAUUAUUUUUAAUAUAUAUUUGAUUUUACGUUUAUUACAGUUUAAUUUUAUUUACAUACGUUUCAAUAAAAUCAUUGAACUUGU